GUUGUGUAGAGCACAGGGUGUGAGUUUAGCGGUGUUUAGCAGCAGGUAAGGAGGUUUUACUGCGGGUUUCUGUGUGUUUUUACUGUAUUAGAUCAUUCUGCAGCAUUAGAAGAAGGUGUACAGUAUUAAUCUGGGUUUAUAUGAAGUGGCUGCGCUCUCAAAUCAGUAUAAAUCUCUCUGUCUCUGACUGAAACACAUCGCUUUAGCUGGAGUGUGGCUAAACAUCCAGCAGCAUCUGAUUCUCACUGUAGGUAAAACAACUGACAGUAAUGAGUAGUGAUUCGAACCCUGCGGCCACACCCACUCCCUGUGAGGACGUCCAGGGUGAUGGACGGUGGAUGUCUAUGCAUCAUCGCUUCGUAUCUGACAGUAAAGGGAAGGAACCAGAAGUUCUGUUUGUUGGAGACUCUCUGGUCCAGCUGCUGCACGAGUUUGAGGUGUGGAGGAAGCUGUUCUCUCCUCUCCAUACGCUGAACUUCGGAAUUGGUGGAGAUGCGACUCAGCACGUCCUGUGGAGGCUCACCAACGGGGAACUCGACCACAUCAACCCCAAGGUGGUGGUGUUGUGGGUGGGGACUAACAAUCAUGGCCACACCCCUGAGCAGAUAUGUGGAGGCAUCAUGGCCAUAGUUAACGUGAUCAACCAGCGACUGCCUCAAACUCAUAUUCUUGUACUGGGUAUCCUGCCCCGGGGCAAGAGUCCGAACCCCCUACGGGAUCGCAACGCCAAGGUGAACGAGCUGGUGCAGGUGGAGCUAGCGUCUCUAUCCUACACCUCCUUCCUCAACGUGGAUCCUGGAUUCAUUCACUCGGACGGCUCCAUCUCCCACCAGGAUCUAUACGACUAUCUCCACCUCACACCACACGCCUACCAGAAAGUGUGUCAGCCACUACACGCACGUGUCAAAGCCUUACUAGAGGCACAUGUGCCUUAAACACAUACUGAUAGAAGAAGUUAAUCUAUCUGUAGCUCCCGGAUUUGCCUCGGUCUCUGUUAGGCUGCGUUCACACAGCAGGUGAAAGUAGCCCAAAUUAGAUUUUUUUUUUCAUUAAAUCUGUUGAAAUGUUUUAUUUCAAGCUCAAAUUCAAAGUAUCUUUGUAAUCUGAUCCAUUUUUGACAUUCAUCUGAACAGAGUCUGCCCUGUGUAAGUGUUUGACUUGACUGCGCUUCACGUGAAGUUUCGGUUUCAUCCACAUCAGAAACACAGGAGCAUUGAAUGAGUUCAAGCUGCAUCUGGGUUUAUAGUUAAGAAUUUACUCAAGCCUCACUAUAAAUGAGCAGGUUGUUCAGCCAUGGACAGUCAGGCCUAUUUAUAAAAUUUAUUUUUAAGCUUUUUAAUUUCCUUUAAAGCUUGAACGUUACUAUGGCUACAUUUAGCAAUUUCAUUAAAAACACUAUCCCGCCAAUUAAACCGUUUUUCACAAAUUUUGUCCAUUUUACCUUCUUCCCACUGCCUUUUUCCCUCCUCUUUGACGUAAAACUCUCAUGAAUCAUCAUUAGUCACAUCGCCACAAAUCAGAUAUGUAUUGGAUUAGAAUACCACAUUUUGGAAGUACUCUGAAUCAGAAUUAGGGCUGUAUGACAUAUUGUUUAAGCAUAGUCAUCGUGAUGUGCGUAUGCAUGAUAGUCACAUCGCAGUACGUGCAGUGUUACUUAAGGCAAUUAAAUCGAACAGGCCAUGUUGCAAUGAUUUAAUUCUUGACACAAGAAGUAGAUACACAGCGCUGUCUCUGUGUCUGUGUCAGUGACAGGCUGCUGCUGCCUGGGAAGUGCGAGGGGAAAUUGGGAACAGGAGUAGGCAUAUGGCCUCCAUCCACAUGGUCGGUCAAAAGCUGUGCACCUCAGUCCAGCACAGUUUUGCACAGUAGAUAUUUCCAGUUACAGCUGAAUUCACGCUUUUAAUCCCAGAAAAACAAAACACUAUUAUUUACCUUUUAAAAAGCCAUUUAAAUGCCUGAUUAAAAGGUUAGUUACUGUUGUUUUGCUGUUUUCCCCUGGUUUUGAGUUGGGCUCGGCGCUGAAUCCGCUCUUUCCUUACACUAAUGCCCAAUCCCAUUUAAAAAAAUCAAUAUCGAGAUAUAUAUAUCGCCAAAAAAGAACAUUUGCAUUUUAAAUCUUCUUCAAUAUCGUGCAGCCCUAAUCAAAGUUACGUUUUAUUGUCAUAUGCACAGCAGAAACAAGCAUUCACAUUGUACAAUAAAAUUCUUACUUUGCAGAUGCUCCAAUUUUUUGACAGUCUUUAGUAAAAUUAAUAUGUUAUGUGGCGUUCAAGUUUGGAUUUAUGGCAUUUUUCCCUGCUGUGUGAACACAGCCUCAGACGCUAAUACUCUACGAACAGCAAUACACAUAUAUAAACGUU